UUACUGUCCAGUCCACUUCAUCGGACGACGACGUUUUUCCUUUCGGCAGGCUUGUCCUCUGAGCGUCUCGAUCUUUAUCUCGGAAGAGAAAAUCAAAAUCAAAUCCUUCAACGUUCUAGAAUUUCGAUUUCUCAUCUGCCUACGUGCAAAGAGGCGCAUCAACUCUUCAGAUCUUGUUUCUUGACCAACAGCUUGAAUUUUGAUUAACCUAGGGUUCCGGCAUGACGACGGCAGCGAGACCUACGUGGGCACCGGCGAAAGGUGGGAACGAACAAGGCGGAACUCGUAUCUUCGGUCCAUCUCAAAAGUAUUCGUCGAGGGACAUAGCUUCUCAUACUACCCUAAAACCCAGAAAGGAAGGGCAAGACACCCAAGAGGAGCUGCAAAGAAGAAAUCUACGAGAUGAACUGGAAGAUCGGGAGAGGAGGCAUUUCUCAUCAAAGGAAGAUAGAGAUCGUCGGAAAGGAGGUCAUCUUCUUUUAGAAGGGUCCAGGAGAGAUGUUGAAGACCGUAUUGUUCCACGAAGUGUAGAUGCAGAUGAUGCUGAUGUGGAUGCCCAGAGUGAUGAUGAUAGUGAUGAUGAUGAGGAUGAUGAGGAUGAUGAAGAAUCACUCUUGGCCGAACUUGAACGUUUAAGGAAAGAAAAAGCUGAGCAGAAAGAACAAGAAGAACGACAAAAGCAAGAAGAGGAGCUGAAAGCUAAAGAAGAGCAAUUGUUGCGUGGAAAUCCUCUCUUGAACAAUCCAACUUCCUUUAGUGUGAAGAGAAGGUGGGAUGAUGAUGUGGUUUUCAAGAACCAAGCUCGUGGCGAGACAAAGACUCCCAAGCGCUUUAUCAAUGACACCAUCAGAAAUGAUUUCCACAGGAAAUUUCUCCAAAAAUACAUGAAAUAAUAUUUCGUGACCAUUUUACUGAUGGGACCUGUGCCUAACAUGGACCGUGCCAAUGAACCUGUCUCUUGGUCUCAAUUUGUUGACGAUUGACAUGUUAUUGCAACAUAUGUUUCUGAGUGUAAUAUAUGUUCACAUGCAAUGCUCUGUUCUUUACUAUGUGUAUUUGUCUACUCGAGUAAUUCUGAUUACCUUAUGAAAUCCAGUCGUUGUAUAUUAAAUGCUGUCUGGCCAUUCAUUCUCAUUUGGACUCUGGUGGAUAGCAUAGAACAAUGUCUUGGCCAUAUAAUGUCAAUGCCAGAAUUGUAUGCUGGGUGCUUCUUGGUGCAAAAACUUGAUGCCAUGUAUUGGUAAAGACAGUUCAAAUACCCAUUGCUUAUGCUGAA